AAUUCAUUUGUUGAAAAUGAAACCGAAUCAUUGCUGAAUAAGAUCGAAUUUAAUUUUGUUUCCGAAUAACAAAGAAAUGAUCUGGUUCCACCGCCAAAAAUCCACAGCAAAAAAUUGGCAAAAAAUCCUCACAAUGAAACAUUACUCUCAUUGAACAGACUCCUACGCAUUUGCCUCAGAAAAAGGCAUACCCCUUACGCCGCGAGUUUCUGGUGCUUUGCCUUAAAUUUUGUACAGCUGUUUCUCGUGAAUUCUGCAAAAAAGCAACAAGAGUAAUUGAAAGAUGACAGACACAGAAAUAAGCAUAAAUGGAGUGCCAGUGAGGUUUCCAUUUGAACCAUAUGAAAUUCAGAAGGUCUACAUGGAGAAAGUGAUAACAUGCUUGCAACAGGGCGCGAACGGAGUGCUGGAGUCGCCGACGGGAACCGGUAAGACGCUCUGUCUGCUCUGCUCGACGCUGGCCUGGGCCGAGUCGGUGCGAGCCCAGCAGGCGGCCACCGUCCGCGGCAUGGCCGAACUGAACCCGGAGUUCUACUCAGCACUCAGCGCCCAGCUCGACCAGGCGGCGGGAUCAGGCUGGGGAAACUCGGCCACGCCCUCCAUCAUAGGUGCGCCCAAGAUCAUCUUCGCGUCUCGGACACACUCUCAGCUGUCUCAGGUGGUGCAGGAACUGAAACGGACCUCGUACCGAUACGUGCGGGCCGUGGUGAUUGGCUCCCGGGACCAGUUGUGCAUCCACCCCGAGGUCAGCAAGGAGACCAACAACAGCGUCAAGGUGCACAUGUGCCAGGCCAAGGUCAAGUCGCGCACCUGCCACUACUAUAAUCAGGUGGAGCCCCGCCGCACAGACAAACACCUGACAGAGGCUCCCGUCACGGAUAUCGAGGACCUGGUCACGCUGGGCAACAAGCUCAACUUUUGUCCGUACUACAUGGCGCGGUCACUACGAGAGGCGGCUGAUGUGAUCUUCCUGCCCUACAACUACCUCCUCGACCCCAAGACGCGCAAAGCCAACGGCGUGGAACUCCAAAACAGCGUGGUGAUUUUCGACGAGGCGCACAACAUCGAGAAGAUGUGCGAGGAGUCUGCGUCGCUCCAGCUGCGAUCCACCGACAUCGCGUUAUGUGUGGACGAGCUGACACACGUGCUGACUCAGCUGGUGGCUCCGGAGGCGGGCGCCGAUCCAGAGUUUACCUCGGCCGCCGCCGCCGCCGAGCUCAGCGCCGAGAACCUGGCGCUCAUGAAGACGAUGCUGCUGGAACUGGAGCGUGCCAUCGACGCCAUCCCGCUGCCUAACGCUGCCGACGGCGCCCACUUCCCGGGCAGCUACAUGUUCGAGCUGUUGGAGCGGGCGCAGAUCACUCACGGCCGGCGAGCGGUGAUUGUCGAGGAAUUGGAGAAGGUGAUCUCGUUCCUCACCAACUCGGCGACUUCGGUUUUCUCCCGGCGCGGCAACGGGCUGCAGAAGUUCGCCGACCUCAUCAAGGUGGUCUUCAACCGCGACACAUUCGACCUGAAGCACAUGGAGCGAGUCAAAAAGUGCUACAAGGUACACGUGGGCCUGGAGCAGCAGAAGGCCGGCAAGCGGCCGAGAAACGACCCAUGGCAAAAGGCGCAGUCGACCGCCGACUGCCGCGUGCUCUCCUACUGGUGCUUCAGCCCCGGGUUCGGGAUGGCCGAUCUGAUGGAGCAGGGAGUCAAGUGUGUCCUGCUGACCAGCGGCACACUGGCGCCACUCAGCUCCUUCACCUCCGAACUGCAGGUGCCGUUCCCCAUCAGCCUAGAGAACCCGCACAUCAUUCAGUCGGACCAGGUGUGGGUAGGCUGUAUCAGCCGCGGCCCGGACGGCACACCCCUCAGCUCCAGCUACCAGAACCGCACCAGCGCGCGCUACCUCAGCUCACUGGGGCAGACGGUGGCCAACGUGGCCCGUCUGGUGCCCGACGGACUGCUCGUCUUCUUUCCGUCCUACUCGAUGCUGCGCGCGUGCCAUGAGGCGUGGCAGACGAACGGAGUCUGGGGACGCAUCGCCGCCAACAAGUCUGUGUUUGUGGAGACGGGUGGGAAGGAGGUGUUUGCGCAGAACAUGAACGACUACUACAGCCGGAUCAUCAGCCCCACCGAGGGCACUCGCGGCGCCUGCUUCAUGGCCGUGUGUCGAGGCAAGGUCUCCGAGGGACUCGACUUCUCCGAUAGGAACGGCCGCGCCGUCAUCAUCACUGGCCUGCCGUACCCGCCGCUGAAGGACCCGCGGGUGGUGCUGAAGCGGCAGUACCUGGACGAGGUCCGCCGGACUCCGAGUGGCGCCGGCGGCACGCAGGGCCUCUCCGGUCAGGACUGGUACCGUCUGGAGGCAUCACGCGCCGUCAACCAGGCGGUCGGACGCGUCAUCCGUCACCGACGGGACUACGGAGCCGUCAUCCUGUGUGACUCGCGCUUCGGAGAUGCAGGGUUCUCGGGGCAGCUGUCGGCCUGGGUUCGGCCCUACCUGCGCGUGCACGCCAACUUUGGCACCGUGGUGCGAGAGCUCACCCAGUUCUUCAAAUCCUGCCAGGAGAAGUACCCAUGCUCCAGCCAGCCGGCCGCGGCAGCCAGUGACCGAUCUGCCGGACCGGCCACCCACGCCACCUUCGCGUUCGCCCCGUCCCGCGUGUCAGCAGCUCGAUCAGACAGCAACGGCAGCGGUGGUGUGCCGGAGCAUGGGUCCGCGAACCCCGCCUCGCUGGUGCAGAUGUACGGCCGGACCGGCAGUGGCAGCAGGACCGAGCCUGGUACGGCCGGCAGCGGCGGGGGACUGUUGGAUCAAAUGAACAAGUGGAGUGGGGCAGCAGGGGCGGCGGCCGGCGCUCCCGGGACUGUCAAGGCAGAGCGGACCUGUCAGUCUGCGCCCGUCACUACUCUCGCUACUGAUGCAGCCUCCGCCCCCGCCGCUGGCCGAGGACGAAAGUUCAAGCUGUCGCACAACCCGGCCGCGUUAGUUCUGGGCGGCAGACGGGUGCCUGAUAGCACUGCUGUGCUGGCCACCGACUGUUCGCCGCCGACUAAGACAGCCAGGGCCGACGAACGGACAGGGACCGGCGCGGGCAACACGGCUGCGGCCGUCCCUACACCCGACGGAACGGGAGCGGCUGCAGCAGCUACCGAGAAAGCGACAGCUGCAGCUCCCGAGAAGGACGCCAAAAAGAAGAGCAAGAUCGCCGACUAUAUCAUUGGGGCCAAGAGGCUGCUGUCGGCCGCCGACUACAAGCUGUUUGCGGCGGCGAUCAAGGGCUACACGGCCACGCGCGACUUCCCAGAGUUGGUGUCGAGUCUGGCCGGAGUGCUGGUGGGCACCGGCGACCAGCAGCUGCAGCAGCUCUUCAGAGGAUUCGCGCAGUUUGUCCGGCCCGAACACAAGACUCGGUUUGAAGACGCCUGCCGCGAGCUGACUGGCUCGGUUUGAGGACACCUGCCGCGAGCAGCCUGACUGGCUCGGUUUGAGGACACCUGUCGCGAGCUGACUGGCUCGGUUUAAGGACUCGAGUUGGCUCGGUUUGAGGAUUCCUGCCGCGAGCGGCCUGACUGGCUCGGUUUGAGGACGCUUUCCGCGAGCUGGGUGGCUUGGUCUCAACAUGAAGUCAGCAUGUUCUUAUGACGCCUUAUCGGGCGCAGUUAGAGGAUGAAUGUCGUCAGCGUGAUUGCCUCGGUUUCGUUACGUCAUAGUGGCUGGUUGAUGUCGCUCGCGUGACUAUCUGAGAGUGACGCUGUUCGAAGGCCAACGCGGGUCCGGGAUCUCGUUGCUGACUGGUGGCUUGCUGUGUUUGCUGGGUAUUUCGCUGUGAUAGACUGGGGUCCUGGUGAUGGCUGGGUUUGUCAGGCUAAAACCCGUGGCCAAUGCUGUGAAGUCCUGAUACUCGAGUGAUUGUGCCUUGUGAUAUUUCAGCAGGAUGAGAAACGUUUGUUUCAGUGACGCGUCAUCGAGUGCUUUUGAUAUUCAUUUACAGAACGAUGUUCGUACAUGAGUAACUGCAUGAGUAACUGUUAUCUAAUGGAUCUAGUCUAUUGUGCCUCGUGUCAUGACUGCCAUAUUCAUGUCAUUGUUGUUGGUUUGCGUGGACCGAUAUGCAUUCAUUCCAGUGCGCAGCCCGAUACCAUAGGUCUUCACACUUGUUACUGUUGUUAGAGAGUGCCUUUCAUAGGUCAUUGCAUGCCGUUUCCUCGGGUGAACUGCAACGAAUAGCUCACACAGUGCGCCAUCCAUGUUUGUACUCUAUAUUUUCUAACCGAUGUUAACUCUCCUUUACCUUGUAACACAAUACACCGGAACACUGCGA